CAGAACUUGGCAACAGUAAAUUCCAUUCACUUCUACUUCUACAAUAAUUUGUAAAUAUGUGGGGUGAAUGAAGUGUAAAAAAUUCUAAUAUAACUUUUCUCACAGUGAAGUUAUAAUUCGGUUAUGAUGUGGUGAUUUGUUUAUGGUUUCAGCUUUUCCGUUUCAUGGCACGAAGGUUGGACUGCAGCAGAAGAAAUAAUCGAAUAGUCCAACAACAAGCAUCUGUUUUGAAUCCACCAGAGCCAGGUGCUGAUCCUAACAAUCGAUGCUGUUGGGGUCGAUUAUGGUUUGUUCAGGACAUCUGUGGAAUCAUUUGUGCAGUUUUGACAUGGAUGCUUGUUUUGUAUGCAGAGUAUGUGGUUGUGUUCAUCAUCCUGUUACCUUCUCCUCAUCCCUAUUAUAGUGCUGUAAAUUUUGUUGUGUUUCAAUCUCUCGCAUUCCUUGCCAUCACUUCACAUCUUCGGACUAUGUUCUCUGACCCGGGUGCAGUUCCUCGUGGAAAUGCUACUAAAGAAACAAUUCAGCAAAUGGGUUUAUGUGAUGGUCAAGUCGUUUAUAAAUGUCCCAAGUGCUGUUGUAUCAAACCAGAAAGAGCUCAUCACUGUAGUGUAUGUCAGAGAUGCAUACGGAAAAUGGACCAUCAUUGUCCAUGGGUGAAUAACUGUGUAGGGGAGAAAAAUCAGAAAUACUUUGUUUUAUUUACUUUUUAUAUAGCUGUGAUAUCGUCUCAUGCAUUUUUUCUAGCCAUAAGUCACUUCAUAAUGUGUGUGAACAGUGAUUGGAACAAAUGCUCUAGCAAAUCUCCCCCAGCUACAGUAAUCUUACUAAUUUUACUCAUCUUUGAAGCAUUACUUUUUGCAAUUUUUACCUGUGUGAUGUUUGGUACUCAAGUUCAAGCUAUCUGGAAUGAUGAAACGGGUAUUGAACAACUGAAAAAAGAAUCUGUUCGAUGGCAGAAAAGAUCACCUUGGCGUAGUCUACGUUCAGUAUUUGGAAGAUUUUCAUUAGUUUGGUUUUCUCCAUUCAGUGGACCUUCUAUGAAUUUCAAUAAACUUGAUGGCUAUCUUCAUGCUGUAUAGCAGAUAUGCAAGGAAUUUGUGCUUUGCCUGUGGUGCAUAUAGUGUAUAGUAAAGAGGAAUGAUAUUUUUGUUAUACAUAAAUUUAUAGAAUUUUUAAAUAGAAAUUAUUAAAAUGUAUUUUAAGGAAAUUUACUUUGUAACUGCAUUUUAUGAUAAUUAAAAUAAAUUAAAAAACUAAAUUUCUUUUGAAGAAUUUCAUGUACAAUAAAGGGGAGGUAAGUCUAAUAACCUCAUUGUAUUGCACUUCUAAUAGAGGCAAAGCUAUAAUGGAAAAUUGGUGGUUAUUCACCUAUUACCGUCCAAAAGUGAAUCAUUGUAACUUUACCUUUAUUUCAUGAUUUUUAUGAUAAAAAUUCCAUUCCAUCUUUUUAUAGUUUUUAUGUCCAGAUAGCUUUGACAGAGGAAUUUAGUCAAUUUAGUUUUCAUUUUAAAACACCAAUUGGCAAUAUUUUGAUACUUUCUUUAGUAUGUAUGAUAUUUUAUUCUAUUAAUUUGUUUUGAAACGUGAAAUACAUCAUAUUUAAGCAUCCUUUAAAGUUAUUUUUUCUCUUUAUCACAUUUAAUUAUUUGUUUCUGUGUUAGCAUUUAAUAAUUAGUUUCUGUGCUUAUGAAAAGCUCUUUAUUAUGCAGUGGUAUCUUAACUGAAACGCAUUCAAAGUUAUAGGCAUUUAUUAUUGUAAUUUAAUGAAAUUUAAAAGCUAAAAUAGUUUGAAGCAUUAAAGGUCAAAUUCAAACAUGGUGUUCAUUAAAAAAAAAUAUUGAUUAUUCUCAUCAGUCAUUAGAAGAGUGCUGUAUGAAUUUAAGCUUAAUCAUAAUUAUAUACGAUUUUUCUUUAUAGCAACAUGUAGAGUUGUUAAUCCCAUUUUGGAACAGGAAGUGAAAAAUAUGUAAUGCAAAUAAUUUUAUUUUCGUUAUAUUUAAAAAUUAGAAUUUUCUGAAUAUAAAAGCAUAUGAAAAUUACAAAAUGAAAUUCACCAAAGAAUGUAAAAUUUAGAAUAUGUAAUUAAAAAUUAAUAUAUUUUGCAUUAAGAUCAUGAUAUAAAUAAUUGAAUAAACCGAUUCAUGUGUUAUAAAGCAAAUUUAAAUCACUUUGAGUUCUUGCCGUAGCCUAGUCUAGGAUUUGCAUCCAUCUUUAUCCUUUUCAAAAAAAAAAAAAAAAAAGAAAGAAAAGAAAAAAA